ACCACUCCUCUGGUUUUUGCCUCUCUCUCUCUCUCUCUCUCUCUCUGCCUUUUUCUUUCUCUCUCCAAAAACAAGAAAAAGUAAAUCAUAUUAACGUUCUGAUAAUUAUAAUAACCAUUGCAAAAGUCUAGCUAAGAUUGAUUCCUAUAAUACUGUGUAUCUGAGGAUUUGGUUUCUUUGAUUCAAAUAAAGUUGUUGCCUACACAGUGUUUCGAUUCUGAUUGAGUUUUCCCUCUAGAAAGUGGUUCUAAACUAUAUGGAUUCUUUGGCUUUUGAUGGAGGAGAGCAAAACAAGCUCUGUCCUUUCAACCCAGGCUUGUAAUUUAGUAUGCGAGAAAGUGCAGAGCCAAUCAUGGGAGGCAGGAAUAGGCCGUGAAGAAUCUGCAAUUGUUGAAUUGCAGAAGAAAUUCAAUAUUUUAUCAUUAUCUGGGUCGCUUUAAAUCAAUAAUGAUUCUUGAUUAUACAAGAUGCAAAUUUUGAUCUGGGUUUUUACUGGAAAGAAGAAGAAGGCCUGAGUUACUGACUAUUGUUAGAAAGAGGAGGUGAUCAGUGGAUCCAAAAUGGAGCCAACAGCUCCUCUGCAUAAUCCAGCUCCUCGGAAAAAGAUGACCAAGCAAUUGACAGGGAAAAAAGAUGAUACACCAAUGCAUUCUGCAGCUAGAGCAGGAAAUCUGGCUGCUGUAAUGGAAAUCUUUUCUGAUACCUUGGGGGAAGAAUUGACGGAAUUGUUAGAGAAGCAAAACCAGUCAGGAGAGACUGCCCUUUAUGUAGCUGCUGAAUAUGGUUAUGUUGAUUUAGUUAGGGAAAUGAUUAAAUAUUAUGAUCUUGCUGGUGCUGGUAUCAAAGCAAGAAAUGGGUUUGAUGCAUUCCACAUUGCUGCCAAGCAAGGUGAUUUAGAUAUGUUGGCAAUUCUAAUGGAGGCCCAUCCAGAAUUGGCUAUGACUGUUGAUUCAUCAAACACUACGGCUUUACAUACGGCUGCGACACAAGGGCAUAUAGAGAUAGUGAAUUUUUUGUUGAAUGCAGGGAGUAGCCUGGCAACCAUUGCUAGAAGCAAUGGGAAAACUGCCUUGCAUUCUGCAGCUAGAAAUGGACAUUUGGAGGUUAUUAGGGCACUUGUGGCGAUGGAGCCUGGGAUAGUGACAAGGAUAGAUAAAAAGGGGCAGACAGCACUUCACAUGGCAGUGAAGGGGCAAAAUGUUGAGGUGGUACAGGAAUUGAUAAAUGCAGAACCUUCAUCGGUGAACAUAGUUGAUACCAAGGGCAACACAGCAUUGCAUAUAGCAACUCGGAAAGGAAGAGUUCAGAUUGUGCACUUGCUACUCAAGCACAACGAAACAGACAUAAAAGCUGUCAAUAAGACUGGUGAAACUGCAUUUGAUACUGCUGAGAAAACUGGACACCCAGAUAUUGCAGAAAUUUUGCAGGAACAUGGGGUUCAGAGUGCCAAAUUUAUUAAGCCACAAGCAACAAAUCCUGCAAGAGAAUUGAAACAAACUGUGAGUGACAUAAGACAUGAAGUUCACAACCAGUUGGAACACACCCGUCAAACUCGCAGGCGAGUGCAAGGCAUUGCUAAACGCGUUAACAAAAUGCAUGCAGAAGGUCUUAACAAUGCCAUCAACUCGACAACUGUUGUAGCCGUCCUCAUUGCCACAGUAGCCUUUGCUGCAAUCUUCACUGUCCCUGGCCAAUAUGUCGAUGAUGUGAAUGAUAUUCCCCCAGGACAAUCUCUUGGGGAAGCAAAUAUUGCUCCAAAAGCUCCAUUUAUAAUAUUCUUCAUCUUCGAUUCUAUUGCUCUCUUCAUUUCUCUAGCUGUUGUGGUGGUGCAAACAUCAGUUGUUGCAAUAGAAAGCAAGGCAAAGAAGCAGAUGAUGGCGAUUAUUAACAAGUUGAUGUGGAUAGCUUGUGCACUUAUAUCAGUAGCAUUCUUGGCUCUGUCAUUUAUUGUGGUGGGAAAACAUGAGAAAUGGUUGGCAAUUAGUGUUACAAUCGUAGGAGCAAGUAUAAUGGUUACAACUCUGGGAACAAUGUGUUACUGGGUAAUAAAGCAUCGGAUUGAAGCCUCAAAUAUGAGGAGCAUACGAAGAUCAUCAUUCGGAAGCAGGUCUCGUUCACUUUCAAUGUCAAUGAUGUCAGAUACAGAUAUCUUAAACAAUGAAUAUAAGAAAAUGUAUGCAAUUUAAUACUUCCCAUA